UUUUAGAAAUCCUGCCAAGGGAACAGUACCAGGUUUGAGCAGAGUUCAAGGCUAGAUUUGGGUACCUGCAUUGUGAAGCAACUCUGCUGCCUGCUUUGCUUGGAUCUGUGCCUUGUUGGCCAAAAGCACUGGUGGCUACGGUUAAGGUAGAUGACGUGUAUACAGCUAGGAGACUUUGACUUCUCUUCCUUUUCCUUGUGGACUCUGGCAUGUGAUUCCUGGUUUUUAUCAUCAUCUCUUAUAGCAUGAGGACCUAGGUAUUUAUAAGCUCAGCUGCUGAUGGGUUAUGAAAGUUCGCUUUUAAUAGCUACAAGGACAGCAUAAUAUUACACAGUGAUGUGCUAAACAAGCCUGCCUCUUGUUUCAGCUUGAUCUUGAGCAAACUGCCUCCCACUGACUUGUAUGGCAGCCAGUGCCUCAUUUUGGAGAAGAGGUUACAUGGGAGAGUGGAAUCACACUUUGAGUCAAGACUCUGGGGUUCCAGCCCUGGUUUCAUGACUCCAAGAAAAAAAGCAGUGUUUUGGCGAAGCGACUGCUACACAAAUCACAUCUUAAAGUCGCGGGGAGGACGCCCUGGUGCCCUCUUACCGGGACAGCGCUGGCGCUGCAGGAACUACGGAGGAACCCAGGUUGCCAAGGCAACUCGCUGCAGCGGCCCGCCUGUACUGGCCGUCCGUGUCCCGCCCCCUCACGCCGUCACGCGCCCUCGCGCUUCCCCGCCUCCAGGCCCGCUGCGUCGCUGGCUACUGGCUAGUCGCCUCGGUCUCACUAUCCUCACUCCAUCCGCAGAGCCAAUGGCUGGGAUCGCCAGGGAUUCGUUCACGCGAGUCACACGAUGCCAGCAACCUCGAGAACCAAUCACAGUGCUUGGAAGGCGGGUUGGGAGCCCUCACAAGCCAAUAACGGCAAAGGAAGCCGGCCUCGCGCUCUUGGCUCCACCCCCGACGCGGAGAGACAGGUUCCGAGGCUGCGGCACCUGGCCGGGUCUGGGUGACCGUGGCCCUCAGUUCUCGCGCGGCCGUCCAGGUGAAGGGUCUGGAAAAGAAGCCGGUAGGUCAGGAAGCGGGAGCGGCUGGCUCCGGCCAGCUGCUGUGUGGUGUUGA